AUGACCGAGCCGUGCUACUUUAGCGAAGGGGCCGCGGCCGCAACCAACAGCGAGGGUGAGGGCCGGGCCGUCGGCACCCUGGGAAAGCUGGUCAAUCGUGUGACCCCCCGGAAGAAGGCCGCCAUGCUCAAGGUGCUGAGCACGCCACGCCGCAAGCUGGUGGACCAGGGUGCGGGCCUGCAGAUGCUGCCCCCCGGCUGCAGCAUCAAGGAGCCCUCCUACAGCAUCAAAGAUCCAGUGUACUUCCAAGAUUGA